AUGAAUAUCGCUCGGCUUGUAAUCAUCACUUUUGCUCUUAUCAUAUAUCGGAUUCAUACUGAUUUGAUCGCUAUGGACAUCGGCCCGCUGGAACAACAAUGUGCAGCACUAUCGCUGGCGGAGGAGGAGGCAGGGGGCAUGGAAGUGCCGGAGAUGCCGUCUGUACCUGAUGAGACGAUCCACCAUAAUCUGGUGGGGCGUUUUCUCACGGAUCGGGUGAUCAAGGCAGAACACAUGCAGCAAGUUUUUGCCUCUGUUUGGCGCCCGGUGAUGGGGAUGUAUGCAGUGACGCUAACUGAGGAUCUCUUUUUGUUUCAAUUCCCUCAUCCAAAAGAUUUACAGAGGGUGAUCGAGGAUGGGCCUUGGUCUUUCGACAAUCAACUCCUCAUCUGCGAUCAGGUUCUAUCUGGUACCAGACCGGAAGAAGUGGUGCUGGAUUCGGUUCCAUUCUGGGUCCAGAUUCAUGGACUCCCGACGAUGUAUGCCUCUCCAGCGUUUGUAGCUAAGAUCGGGGAAUAUGUGGGGACGUUCAUCGCACCGGAUCCUCUCAAUUUCGGGGGGGCCUGGAGAAGUUUCUUCAGAAUCAGAGUCCGCCUGAAUGUUUUAUCCCCGCUGAAACGCCGCAUGAAGCUGCUCCGUCGCGAUGGAUCUUCUCAAUGGAUCACGUUCCGUUACGAAAGAUUGGGUACCUUCUGCUACUGUUGCGGCCUCCUAGGGCAUUCGGAUAAGUUCUGCAAAACGGCCUACGAAUUGAACAUCCUGCCAGAUGCUUUCCCAUUUGGCGCAUGGAUGCGUGCAGGACCACGGCGCCAAGCUAGACCGGUAGGGGCUCGAUGGUUGCUAUCUUCUGGCGUGUCUAUGACACCAGCGUCCUCCACCCCUGAGAUCGGGAUACCCCCGGCCACUCUGGUGACAAUGGAGGAGGAUAAGGGUUUGCAUGGAGAUCUGAAAAGGAGACGGGAGGAGGGUACUAGUUCUGACAGCGUGCAUGACGAGGAUGUCCGCAUGGUGGAAUCUUCAAAAAACUCGGAGAUGGCGGGUCUGGUAGACCAGGCUCGCCCGGAUCAAUGA